AUGAGCCAAUGGAAGAGGCUGAGGAAGAGCAAGAGGAGGAUGAGCUCCCCAUGUACCAAGAGCACUACAAUGCUCUCUUCUCCAUGGACUUUGUGGAGACCAAGUACCCACAUGAUGACACAUGAGGCUUGGAUCUUUGAGGAUGUGGAGUUGGUGCUCAAGAACAUGCAAUUGGCCAAGUUCUUCUCUCACCGCAUGGAGUCUACAAGGAGCUCACUUGUGAGUUUUUGGCUCAAUGAGCAUCACAGUUUGAUGAGCUCGAUCGAGCUGAGUUGGACCAAGGCUUGGGGGUACACUUCUUGGCAAAGGGAGAGAAGAAGAUGGUGA